UCAGUUCCUACUCCGCUGCUCCAACCCAAACUUGGGGAGCUAGGAGAAGAGCCCACGGAACAGACCGAGGGAGUACCUCCGUCCGAGCGCAGCGGGACUCAGAGUGAAUGUGUGUCCUGCCCCGACACCCCUCCAUAACCUGGUGCUGAGAAUGGCUUUCUCCACCCUGAACAGCAGGCCUCGGAGAACGGAUGGUGAGCUGUGCCCUAGCUGUGGGCAGCUGCAUCAAGCCGUAGACAACCACCUCUACAACUUCCAGGAUGAGGUGGACGAUGAGCUGAUGUGCAACAUCUGUCUGCAGCCAUUGCUACAGCCUGUGGACACUCCGUGUGGCCACACCUACUGCUAUCGUUGCCUUGAAAGCUUCCUGCAGGAUUCUGAUUUCUGCCCCAUGGACCGGGAACCCCUGAUGUUCUCCAGCUGCCGCAAGUCGACCUUGUUGGUGAGAAACCUGCUGGACAAGCUCAUCGUAUUUUGUCCUUUCCCUCCUGAUUGUCUGCUCACCAUGCAGAGGUGCGAGCUGGAGGGUCACCUCCAGAAUAGGUGCCCUGGCUUGAGGAAAUACCAGGCCAAAAUGGUGGAGGAGAAAUGUCAGCAGGACCAAAAGAAACAAGAAGUGCCCCUGGAGCCAGAAGCAAGCAGCCUUUGUGGGGAGAACUUCUUUGAUAUUGACACCAUCUUAUCAAUGGACUCUGACUUUUCAUCUGUGGCCCCCAUGGUACCCUGGAGCAGCCCAGAGCCCGGGUUGGUGAACCCAGCAUUUGAGGAGACAGAUGAAGAUACCAUCCUGAGUCUUUCCACAUCUGACCUGACUCGCAGCAACAGUCUUGUGGCUGAAACCAUCAUCGUGGAAAUUUCCCGGGAUAACCCUGACAAGGAGCUGGGGAUGAGGAUUGUUGGGGGCAAGGACACCCCACUGGGAAACAUUGUUGUGCAAGAGGUCCACCAGGACACCCCUUUGGGCAUGGAUGGUAAAGUGGCCCCUGGAGACCAUGUGCUCGAGGUCAACGGGAUCAACAUCAGCAAUGUCACUCAUUCUCAAGCAAUCUCCCUGCUCCGCCAGGCGGGACCUGUGCUGCAGCUGGUGAUCUUGCAAGAGAAGGGCUUCCUGAACAAGCCACUCCAAGAUGACAGCCCAACUCCCAGCAGGGCUGGGGAGAUUGUGCACGUCACCCUGAUGAAGAAGGACCGGCUGCAGCCCCUGGGUAUCAAACUCAUCCGCAAGGCUGGCAAGGCUGGGAUCUUCAUUCUAGACCUGCUGGACGGUGGCCUGGCAGCCAAGAAUGGAAAGCUGAGCCAAAACGACAAAGUGCUCUCCAUCAACGGACAGGAUCUGAGACAGGGGACACCGGAGACAGCAGCCCAGAUCAUUCAGACCAGUGAGAGCAGAGUUCACUUUGUGGUCCUGAGGCCUCGAGACAGCCUGAUCAUGGAGAUGGAGACAGACUCAGGCAGCUCAAGACCCAGCAGAGGUGGGGGCAGAAGCAGUGAAAGUGAUAGCAGCAGUAGUACCAGCAACCACAUCAGCUUCAGCCAUGGGAAUAGCCCUUCACCAAUUUCAGUUCGCCAGUGGAAGCCUGAGCUGGGGCACUACCCACGGCCCCUGGCUUUCUAUAAGGAUACCCCUGCUGGCUUCCUGAGCCAGGAGAAGAGCCUCACCAUAAGGAAAGACGUGAAAGAGUCCCUGGGCAUCACGAUUGGGGGCGGCCGGGAAGGCAAAUACAGUGUGCCCGUCUACGUGACCAGCGUGCAGCCUGUGGGCUGUCUUUGCCGGGAUAGCCGCAUUCAGAGAGGUGACAUUCUCCUAAGCAUCAAUGGCAUAGACUUGACGUCACUCUCCUACCAAGAGGCAGUGGCAGUCCUCAAGUCCCAGACCGCCUCAACCAUCAUUGUCCUGAAAGCCUUGGACAUCCUGAUGCCACCUGUGAGCCUAGAGCCUUGGGCAGGUGGUCAAGAAGCACCCAUGGAGUAUGGUCCUAGCUGGUCUCCCCUCUGGCUAUCGUGGCUGGGACUCCCCAGUGCCCUCCAUUUGUGCCAAGAUGUUGUGUUGCAUAAGAACACUGAUGAGAGCUGGGGCUUCAGCAUCGUAGGGGGCUUUGAGGCAUCCAAAGGCAACCAACCAUUCUUCAUCAAGACCAUUGUGCCUGGCACCCCAGCCUUCCGGGAUCGAAGACUGAA